AUGGCUGCUGUGCUUGCCAAGAAGAGCUUCUCCAGCUUGCCGGAGGACUCUUGGAGUUGCCUGCCCACCCAAUAUGUGGGGGCAGAGGUGCAAGAGCAGAUCCGAGAAAAGCAACGACAGGCACAAGCAAAGAAGAAGGCGGUGCGUGUCGUUUUCUGCGAAGACAGCGGUGCGUUCGGUUUUGGCACAGAUGGCCAGGCGAAGAAAUCCUCGUUGGAGCCUCGGGAACCGGCCAGAAAAGAGGAGAGCCUUGCCCACUGUUCACUCUUCACAAUUCAAAGGCAUGGACCCGAGGCGCCAGCGCAGCCGAUUGAGGUGGAGAGGACUGAGAAAACCCUGAAAAAGCAACAGCAAAGACUUCCAGGUCUAGACUUCAACCAGGUGGUCGGCCGCUUCCGGGAUGGGUCACCUGUGCGUUUGGCUUCCUUCAACUACUUCUUGUUUGAUGGCUCGGACCAACAAAUCUGGGAUCCGAUCUUCCUGGCACGCCUGGCCUACGAGGGCUUCUUCACCAUCACCACCGGCAGGGGUCGAGAUCGGAAGCCCUUGCCGGAGCUGCAGCCCUACUAUGGUUGGACUGGAAAAAACUUCUCCCUCUCGAAGCCAGUGAAGAAGGCUCUGAAGCGGGCGAAGACCAGGUACUACCUCUAUUGCAACCGAAACUUUCAGCUGACGUACCAGGGUAUCAAUGAGUACCACAAGGACCCUGGAGACAUGAUGUGUGCCGUAGAUCAGCAUGGAGAGAACUGGAUGACGUGGAAGUACUUGGAAGCCUUCAAGCGGGAGCUCUACGAUGGCCCUUUGCCCGAGAACGGAGAUGCGGGCACCACCCCGAAAGCACCAGUGCCACCGGCGCCACCGCCUCUUCCCCGCCACCGGUACAGCAUUGGCAAGAUUUACACGAGCUUGUCGGGCUUUAACCUCCGUGGUGAAGAUGGUGUGGGCUGGAUUCAGCUCUCAUGCCUGGGGAAGUGGUUGGAACAAAAGAACUAUUCCUUCUGGACUGAACAUUUGGCCGCUGGACGGACCUGGCGAACAUUAGAGACGGACCUGGCUGGCCGGACGAAAGGUGGAACGUUGGAAGAUAGGAAUGAGACGUUACAAAGUGGCCUUCUGCCCCACCAGAGGAUUUGGGUUAACGCCAAGGAUCACGAUGACAUCUUGAGUUAUGCUGAGUCGAUCCUGGGAAAAGGUUACGUGAUGGAAUAUGAAUGUCAUGAUUGGAAUGGACGAGCCCAGGGUAAAGCAUGCCUACGAGUUGAAGAUUGGAGUGAUGCUGGCAGAGGAUUUUUGGUUGGAGACCAUUUGAUUGCGAGUGAUGGAUACUAUGAGUGGUAUGGCCAGCACUACCUGACGGAUGGAAAGGGACUGUACCAUUUGUGCGGUGGUGGUCGAUCGAAGUGUAUGGUGAAGUUGUCGCGAGGAGAUGGAAGAGAAUUGGUGCAUAUCAGCCGAUGGAGGUUGGUCAAUGCGUUGAUGAUGCAUGACAUGGAGUACUCCAAGAAGCGUGCUUUGGAAGGAGACAGGGAGAGCUUGAAAAGUGUAGAGCUUGGAGCUGGAGUUGAAGAGAGUUUGGCAAUAUUGCAGCGAUGUCUAAAGGAUGAAGAACGUGGAGGUUUGAGCAUUUCACAAACAGGAGGACUUUUGGCGUUGGUGUGCAUGCGAAGUGGCACGAACUUGGGCGAGUAUCUCAAACGGUCCAUCAAGCCGGGGUCUGACGACGGCAAUAGGGGAAGACAACGGGAGGUUCUUCCGCUGCCGCUUUGGACCGAUGGGAAGGAACAACUCAGAAGCCUCUUCGAGUCUGGGGACUUUCGGAAGUUUGGAGGCGCAGACAAGAAGGCCUUUCGACAUGCACGGCGAGCAGGCUUACCACCUGAAGGAUAUGGAGCAAGUGUUCGCCUGGUCGAAUUGUGUGAAGGAGAGUUGAAGGAGAAGCUGCUGAAUCCCCUGAGCAACUUAUUGCCGGCGGAGGAGAUGUCUCUGGAGAUACCAAGGCCCCAGAUUCAUGCCUGCCGGGAAGAAUGGGAGAAGAUCGCAGGGGAGAUGUACAAGCGGGGCCUGGUGAAGACUGUCGAGGCGCCAGUGUUGGUCAGAGGAUGGCCUGAGAUGAUGACGUUUGCAGAGAAAGUGAGCUGGCGCAGCCUAGGUGUAGAGCGAGAGGGAGACACCUAUAUAGGCGGAGGAGGUCUCCUGGGAAAGGGUGAGAUACGGGGAGAUAGCGUUUUUCCGAACCUGGAGGAGGAAGAGAAGUUAUGGUCCUUGUAUUAUUUGGAUGACACCAGCCUUUACGAGAUCAUGGAGGCUCGUGUGGCAGAGGACCUGGAAGCAAAGAGCUCAGAGGGGCAGGAUGCGUUGAGGCAAGCUUAUGCUCAUGGGGGAGUGCCUUACUCCAAGGAAAAGAGCUUGCAGAGAGCACGGAGGGCUGAAAAGCUGGGAGCUGUGGCGAGGAACCCUCCAAGGAGCGAUGAAGAGAGCGCUAGAUGCCUGUCGCUGAGUUUUUGGCUGCUGAGACAAGACAAAGUGCCCCGAAAAGGACUGCAAGUGUUGCUGGGACAAGAGGUGCACACGCUGCAGUUUCGCAGACUAUCCUGGAGCAAUGUGGCUUGGGAUGACCGUGCCAGCUAUCAGCUCAACCAUCAUGAGCGCUAUGAUGCGCUAGAGUUCAAUGAGGAGCUGGAACCUUUGAGGUUGCUGGGGUACCUCACGGGGUACACCUUGGGUCUGUAUCGCAAGCAAGCAGAGACGGAGGAUGAGAGGAGGAAGCAGACGGUCGCACGAGAAGAGAUGGCUCGGAGUUUUGACGACAUUGGAGAAAAGGAUGAUGCCACGACUCAUGUCAGCGUGAGUGAGAGAGACAAGGAGGAGGAAGAAGCUUUGGUCCAGCUGGUCCGGAACCCAAGACGAGCGCAUCAAUCUCCUGGAGUUGAGGGCGUUUUUGAGGAGCCUAGAGUGGCGGGCGUUUUGAGAAGGAUGCCAAGAAAGGAGAUUAAGAGAAGGGCCACAAAGGAAGACCGCAAGGCUGAGAGGCAAAGAGUGGGAAAGUUGUCGGAGCAAAGAGUUUCACAAGCGACCGCAGAACGAUAUGCAGUUGCUUUGCAUGGCCGGAGUACCUUUGUGGGAAGCACAGUGGUAGAGCUGCUGAAUCGAGCAGAUCUUGAAUCAGUGCUUUGCCAAGACAUAGAGUUCCUGUGGGAGGAAGGAGAUCCCAAGACGAUGGCAAAUUAUGUGAUGGCCGCAGUUCAGUAUCGAAGGCCAGAGCUCAGAGGAAAUUUGAAAGGAGCAUGGCAGCUGGUUUCUUUGGAACAAGCUGGAACAACCCUUGCGGGCUACGCGGACGUGGGAUCUUGGGCUUUUUGGUGGGCGCAUCUCGCUCAGGAAUACAAGAGGCAACUGGGGCACCGGAUCUACACACGAGAAGAGUUUCUGCAAAGGCUGAAGCUGGAACGAGGAAGGGCUCUUCAACUGGAGGGAGAUUUCCGUCUUCCUGAAGGGACACCUGACUUUGUGCCAUUGGACACUGCUGGCGAGGUGCCUGGCGGCAUGGGCAAAUUGAAGUCUGGCCACGGCGAUGCUGUGUGCCAGGUUUUGCACACUUUAAUGGGUGAGGCCUUGCGGAGGGUCAGCUUCGAGUUCCACGCUCCGACCUAUCCCGAUGAGGGCAUGGCGGACGAAGCGGACGUGGAUAGCGACGCGGAGAUCCACUCGGUGGGCGAGGACGAGAUGCCUGGUGAUGGUGAGGAGGAUGACCUCAUGUACCAGGAGGAUGCGCCAAAGCCACCUGAGGAUGAUGAGAACGAUCAUCAGGUGCUCCAAGCCAACGUGGACCCCAAGGAGUGGCUCUUGGAGGUGGAGCGGGUCUCGUCCCGGCUGAAAGUGCAGAUGCCCAACGACUCAAAGGAGUGGAGGACGCAUUUGCAGCAGACCAAGCAGUACAAGCAGGUGAUCGAGAACCAGUUUCCAGCAUCCAAGGUGCAGCUGGAUAAGCUGGUGGCGCAGCUGAGCCAAGCCAUGGAUCGGAUCAAAUCCAAAGAGGCGUUUAUCAACACUCAGUUCGACCACCGAGCUGUGGAUUAUCGACAGCAGCAAGAGGAGCUGACUCAGGCCGCCCGGUCGAGACAUGAGGGUCUUUGUCCCAUGGCCGGUUCCGCAGAGCGGGCACUUUGCACUUCCAAACAAUGGUGUAUUUUUUGUUGUAUAUAUAUAUACCCUAUAUAUAGACUAUAUAUGUAA